AUGCUUCACCGCUCAUUUACUCAUCUGCAAAAGCUACUUCGCAGACCCUAUUUUCUGAUUUCUCCUCAGAUCAAAUCUCAAUUUAUAACAAAAUCUCUCGCAACUUUCUCAAACCAAUUCUCUCCGCACAAAAAAACCCCAAAUUCUUACAGUCCAGCGGGUACAUACGCACUCAAAUAUUUCCAACAAUCUAAGCAAUACAGCGUCGAGACGGACAAGGAGGUGGAUAAAAUCAACCUCAAGUUCGCGGAAGCUAGAGAGGAGAUCGAAUCGGCCAUGGAGUCCAAGGAGACUGUGUAUUUUAACGAGGAAGCUGAGUGUGCUCGCGUAGCUGUUAGUGAAGUUCUUGAGCUGUACGAAGGGUUGUUGAAUAAGCUUGCGGAGAGCGAGAGGGCUGCAAUACAGAGGGCUAUGGGGCUGAAGAUCGAGCAAUUGAAAGCUGAGCUCCAACAAUUGGACGAGUAG